GUAAAUCUGAAUAACAAUCAUCUAUGCACCAGGUGAAAUCCACCUACUGUAUCACAUUAAUGAUAAAUGCUUACAAAUAGGUUAACAAUGUUUAGGGGUCGACCCAACGACAUGUAUGGUAUGGUUAGACCACCCGUUCCUGAUCCGGAUGAAGUAAUUAAGGAAAUUAAACCGCAAUACUAUGACCAGAGACUCAACCAUUUUGACGAUAAAGAUAACCGCACUUUCAAACAGAUCUAUUACACCGACGAUUCCCACUACAAAUCUGGUGGACCGGUAUUUGUGAUGAUACAGGGGGAGGGGGACGCCAGUCCCGAUUGGAUCACCGAUAGCUCCAGUUUUAUGGUGAAAAGUGCCCAACAAUUCAAUGCAUUUCUGGCAACAUUAGAGCACCGGUACUACGGGGAGUCUCAACCGUUCAACGACACAACCGUUGAACACCUGAAAUACCUGUCCACCGAACAGGCGUUGGCCGACACGGCGGCGUUCAUACAGUAUUUGACCAAAAAGUUGUCACUUUCAGGCAAAGUGUGCACUGAAUUCGGAGACUUCGUGACAACCAAUGUGAAGGACUGCCUGUUUGACCACAACAUACCCGUCCACAUGCAUAUCCAACUCUGUAGCGACGUGUUUGGGCCGCAAAUC